AGGGGUUUCAUAUGCAAAUGAAACGCACCUGUGGAAGUUGUUACUCCUCAUCCAGUACUUGCGGAAGCUCACUGUUUAACUCACUUAAACAUACAACUGUCGUCCCAGACUCAUCUGCUAAUAAUCCUUUAAAAGAAAGACUUAACAAUCAGCACCAUGGUGUACCACCCUGAAUUUGAAAAAGCAGGAAAGCAGACAGGCUUGCAGGUAUGGAGGAUUGAAAACAUGGAUUUGGUGCCUGUCCCUCAGAAUCUUUAUGGUGGCUUCUACACAGGUGAUACCUACCUCAUCCUCAAUACUAUAAAGCAAAACUCUGGGAGUCUACAAUAUGACCUUCACUUCUGGAUUGGUGAUGCAUGCACAGUGGAUGAAAGUGGGGCAGCUGCUAUCUUCACCAUCCAAAUGGAUGAUUUCCUUGGAGGAAAACCCAUUCAGUACAGAGAAGUCCAGGGCUAUGAGUCAAAAACCUUUGUAGGCUACUUCAAAUCAGGCCUUAAAUACAUGCAAGGUGGAGUCGCCUCUGGAUUCAAACAUAUAGCUUCAGGUGCAGUGAAUGUGAAGCGAGUUCUCCAUGUGAGUGGCAGACGUGUAAUCCGGGCCGUUGAAGUACCUGUGAGUUGGGCCAGCUUCAACCAGGGUGAUUGCUUCAUCCUAGACUUUGGACAGGAGAUAUACCAGUGGUGUGGGUCCAAGUGUAACCAGUUUGAAAGACUGAAGGCCACCAAUGUUUCCAAAGAUAUUCGUGAUAAUGAACGUUGUGGGAGAGCAAAACUUUUUGUAUGUGAAGAAGGAUCAGAGAAUGAGAAGAUACUAGCGAUUCUUGGACCGAAGCCUGAUCUUCCUGAUGCGCAGUCUGAAGACACCAAGACUGACGCUUCCAAUAGGAAGUCGGCCAAAUUGUACAAGGUGUCAAAUGCCAGUGGGACUAUAUCUGUCACUUUGGUGGCUGAAGAGAACCCUUUUUCCCAGAGUGCACUGGAGUCCACCGACUGCUUUAUCUUGGACCAUGGUUCCAAUGGCAAGAUAUUUGUUUGGAAAGGUAAAGAGGCUAAUAAAGAAGAGCGGAGUGCAGGUUUGAAAGCUGCAGAGGACUUCAUAAGUAAGGUGGGCUAUCCUAAACACACUGAGGUCCAGAUAAUCCCUGAGAAUGGAGAGACUCCUCUUUUCAAACAAUUCUUCAAGUUCUGGCAUGAUGCGGAGCAGACAAAGGGUAUGGGACAAGCCUAUGUGCCAAACAGGAUUGCCAAGAUCAAGAAAGUGCCCUUUGAUGCAUCAUCUUUGCAUAAAUCGGAGGCAAUGGCUGCUCAGCAUGGAAUGGUAGAUGACGGGAAGGGGGAGAUAAAGAUUUGGCGCAUUGAGGGAUCAGACAAGGUUCCGGUUGACCCAUCCAUUCAUGGGCAGUUCUUUGGAGGAGAUAGUUACAUCAUCCUGUACACCUAUAGGCAUGGGGGACGUCAGGGGCAGAUAAUAUAUAUAUGGCAGGGGGAUGAGUCCAGUCAAGAUGAAAGAGGAACUUCUGCCAUUCUAGCUGCCCAGCUUGAUGCAGAGCUUGGUGGAAGUGCUGUGCAGGUGCGAGUAAUUCAAGGCAAAGAGCCCCUUCACCUUAUGAGUAUCUUUGGAGGACAACCAAUGGUGGUGCACAAGGGUGGGACUUCACGAGAGGGUGGCCAAUCAGAGGCUUCUGUAGUCCGCCUUUUCCAAGUGCGUGCCAACACUGCUGGGCACACACGAGCUGUUGAGGUUGAUGCUGUUGCCUCCAGCCUCAACUCCAAUGAUGCCUUUGUUUUGGUGACUCCUUCAGGCUCUAUGCUGUGGCUUGGUCAGGGAACAAGUGAUGCAGAAAAGAAUGGAGCCAAAAGGCUUGGUAGCAUUUUAGGAGUGGACCUUUCAGAGAUAUCAGAAGGAGCAGAGGGAAAUGACUUCUGGAGUGCUCUUGGAGGAAAAGCAGAGUAUCGCACCUCUGAAAGGCUCAAGAACAAAAUGGACACCCAUCCUCCUAAACUCUUUGCAUGCUCUAACAAGACAGGACUAUUCCUUAUUGAAGAGGUGCCAGGAGAGAUGACCCAGGAGGACUUGGCUCCAGAUGAUAUCAUGAUUCUGGACACCUGGGAUCAAGUCUUUGUUUGGAUUGGAAAUGAAGCUAAUGAAGAUGAAAAAAGUGAAACUUUGACUUCAGCUGUCAAAUAUAUUGAAUCGGAUCCUGCCAGUAGGGACAAGAGAACUCCCAUUGUUACAGUAAAGCAGGGCUUUGAACCUCCCACCUUCACAGGCUGGUUCCUGGGUUGGGACCAUGACUUCUGGAGUUCUGACCCACUGCAACGGGCUAUGACUGGUUUGAAAAUGUAAUCUAAAGGCUAGUAAUUAGCCAUUACUAUGAGACAGGGUUGUCUGUGUUCUUUUGUUCUAAUGUAAAAAAGCAAAUGCUUCACGCUGACUAUAAACACUUCAUACUACCUAACAUUUCUCACCUGCUAGACCAAAACAUUGUUUACCUUACUCAUCCUUGUUUUACCUCCUUAUGAGAAAGAUAAAAUGUCAUAUCCAGAAGACAUAAUCAAAUUGUUUAUUCAAUGCUUGAAUAAAAAAAUAAAUGUAUGAACAAAAAAAUAAAAGAACUAUCAAACAUCUUAAA